GGAGAGAGAUAGAGGGGACCAGAAUCUCGGGGACUGGGGGCUUGCCUGCUGUGUGUGCUCCUCCUGUGUGUUUCCUCCUGCUUGGCCACGAGAAGAAAAAAAAGAGGAAGACACCAUCGCCACACCAUCUUUUGAGGAGUGGAGGAGAGGAAGAGGGGGCGGCGACCUCUCUUCGCCAUCAUCGUCAUCGUCGCCACCGCUAUAGGGGCUGCAAGAGCUUUGUUUGUGUCGCCGAAAUCGGAGAGGCGAUAAGAACAUGGCUUUUGAAAAUUGCCAAUGAUUGGUUUAUUGGACAAUUUGACCGGAUAAUUUGCUGUGAAAUCAGGCUAAAAUAUAAAGGAAAUAGAAAAAAGAUCCUUUUUAGAAUAAGGUAAAAAUCCAAAGGAAAUCCAAAGGAAAGUAAAAGGUGACUAAAAUUCCGUCGAGAGAAGUGAAAAGGAUCAGUGGCGAUGCGCAGGUCGCGGGGCGCUCCCCUGGCCUAGACUCCGUGCGUCGAGGCCGCGGCGCGAGCAUGCAGGAGGGCGCGCCGCCGGACAUGCUGUUCCCCGUGGACGCCGACCAGGCCCACUACCUGACGGUGAUGACCAACCGGUGGCGCUGGCGAACCCCCAGCCCCGGCUACGACUCCAGCGACCGCGCCCCCAGCCCCGCGUCCAGCCCCGCGUCCAGCCCUCUCAAGCCCUCCUCCAGCAGGAGCUCGACCGCCUCCCCUUCCGCUGGCCUCGGCCCCACCCAUCCGAGGACUCGCCCCGCCCUCGCCGUGGCCACGCCCGACCUCGACGGCGUGGCGCUGACCCGCUGCGGCCUGGUGGUGGGCGAGGGCGAGGGCGUGCCCCUGGGCGACGGGCAGAUCCCCUCGCCCACGUGGGCGGGGAUCGAGGCCGGCGACGGCGACACGAAGGCGGGCGCAGACGAGGCCUCCGGGGGCAGCGAGGCGGCGCUGGCGCUGGCCCUCGAGGCGACGAGAAGAGACGACGAUGAAGACGACGACGACGGCGGCGCGGGCGGGAUGGCCGUGGACGUGGUGGUGUCGCUCGACUCCUCGCGGGCGGCGUCACUCACCCGCACGUGCAAGUGGGCGGGAUACAAGAAGGUAAAGCACGCCUCGUGUGGAGGGACAGCAUGCGUGUUUUCGCUCGAUCCUUGUUCCCCUUCUUUAUCCGUUCUCCUUCUUGCCCUUUCCGUUUUCCAGAUGCGAAUGGCUGUGCUAACAAGCGAGUCCAUGUAACCACUCUUUUGCUAGCGUGCCAGGUAGUUAGUCUGCUAACCUUGUUUUGUGAAGUUAUUUAACACGAUUUUUAUUGUUUUUCUUCUCUUUUUUUUACCGUGAUGUGAUAGAUAAUCCACUUAACGCAUUAUUUUUACCUUCGCGUGGACUCUAAAGGAUGCAAAAGGUCACGCUGGCGAUGAAAUGUCAUCAGCGACUGAACAACUGAAGCUUUGAUAACUAGAACCUGAUUUAGAAAUAUUUUUCUUCCUGUCAAACGGUAUUAGUUCACAUUAGACACGUGGUUGUAUAAAUCAAAUAAUAAUUUUUAAAAGAGAAAAAGAGAUCUGUCGUUGCCAGUCGUAUAUCUCCAAGCGGUAUUAAUUUCACAUUUCAUUAGAUACGUCUAAUAGAGAAUAGAAUGAUGAUGAGUAUAAUAAUAAGAGAUGAAAUAUGAAAAUAAUGAUUUUUUAAAGGAAGUAGUGAUAAAAGAUAAAAGAUAG